GUGAACAUAAAUUACGUCAAAAAGGACAGGGCAGGUGCAUUCACGUUAGUGAAUUUUUGUGUGAACCACUGGGCCGAGUUCAUUUAACUGAAGAACAGCAUGCAGCUCACCCCGAAAUUUCAAAAC